AUGGGCUCUCUUCACUGGGCUCGUGGGCCUGAGCAGCCCUGGAGUGCUGCUGGGUCUCUGUGGGGAUGGGCUAUGUCGAGGCUGCACCUGGACCGAACAACAAGGUUCUUUCAAGGAGAUGAGGAGAUGCUGGUUUUGACCCAGAGUGAUGAGUUAAACCGAAGUUACUGUGAGGACACGUCAUCAAGAGAAGACAGACACAAAGAUGAGCCCUCUAUAGCAGCUCAUAACGGAGCCACCAGCCCCUUAGGAUGGGAAAGCCCAGCCUUUAAAGAAACCAGGGCUACUGUAAUCUCCACUGGAACCAAGACCUUCACCAUAACUUCCGCUGUCUCUACUGAAGACCCCUUUUGGUUGGAAAAUACCAGAAGCUAUGAAAAAGACAAAAGAUUAUCUGGGAUGCAAGGUGAAAAGAUGGGAAGCGAGAGUUGGGAGAAUCAAGGUUCCAGCCAGAACCGGGGGAACAAGAAGAAGUCCAUCAGACCAUCUGGGUUUCCUAGAGGGAAAGUGGUAAAAUGGAGAGUUUCAGGAGGUAUAGAGAAGAAUCAAGAGGGGGAGAAAACCGUAGAAGGGACGUCUCAGCUCUGUACACGCCUUGAAAAACAGAGUGGGAGCAUGAGUUUGGUUACUUCAGUUCAGAGCCCCGAAACCUGCACCCUGGGUCUGAACCCCUCUCCCACCAUCACAGCCUGGGAGGCCGGCUGGAACAUCACCAAUGCUAUACAGGGUAUCUUUGUGCUGGGUUUGCCCUUCGCCCUGGUGCAGUCAGGUUAUGUGGGUCUGGUCCUGUUGGUUCUUUCAGCGUGGGUCUGUAACCACACAGGAAGGACUCUGGUGUCUUGUUUAUAUGAAGAAGAAAUAAGUGGUGGGUCUGGGUCAGUUUCAAAGGUCCGGGUCCGAACCAGCUAUCAGGACAUUAUGGAGGCCUGCUGCAAAGGACUGUGGCCGAAUUGGUCUGGAGUUGGAGGUCUGAUGGUAAAUGUAGCUCAGGUCAUUGAACUUUUGAUGACCUGUACCCUCUAUCUACUCGUCUCUACAAGCCUGUUGUUUGACAGUUUGUCCUGGGUGGCUGUUCCUCGAUCAGUGUGUUCACUCGUGUCUCUGGUGUUUCUUCUGCCCUGCCUGCUUCUGACUGAUCUCAGACCAGUUUCCACUCUCAGCCUCCUCUGUUCCCUGGCUCACAUACUUAUCAGCCUAUUGGUCAUGCUGUACUGUUUGAGUUGCGCCAGCAGCUGGUCUUGGUCCUCUCUGUCUCUCUCUGUGGAUCCAGAGGACUUCCUCGUUUCCGUCGGUGUCAUCAUCUUCUCCUAUACCUCGCAGAUCUUCCUCCCUCCUCUAGAGGGUAGUAUGGAAGACAGGGGGCAGUUUAAUGUCAUGCUGGGGUGGACCCAUGGAGCAGCUUGCAUCAUGAAAACUAUGUUUUCCCUAAUGGCGGUGUUAACCUGGGGACCAGAAACCAGUGAGGUCAUCACAGACAAUCUACCCUCUGACCUACGACCUCUAGUCAAUUUGUGCCUGCUGGCUAAAGCCCAACUGUCCUACCCUCUGCCAUUCUAUGCUGCUGCUGAAAUACUGCAAACAUGUGUGCUCAGAGAUGCUGCCAUGUCGUCUUACUCCAAACACCGAGGUCAAGCUGUAUCUCGUCCUGCACUUGUGGUCCGCGGCGCCUUGUUGAUGACAUCAUACUUGCUGGCUUUGCUGGUGCCCAGGUUCUCCCUGUUGAUGGGUCUGACAGGGAGCGUGACCGGGGCGGCAAUGACACUCAUACUGCCGUGUUUAUUUCACCUUAGACUGCAGUGGAGCCGCCUUACUGUGAAGGACCGACUGAUAGAUGUGGGUAUUCUGAGCCUGGGGGUCAUCUGUAGUGUGUCUGGUGUGAUUUGUUCAGUGAAAAGGCUACUGGAAGGCCUAUAG